AUGACGAAGCCAAAGAUGUCGGCCCUAGUGGCCUCUGCUAUACGCAAUUUGCGGGAAAUUCGUGGUUCCACGUCGAAGGAAAUCAUGAAUUACAUUAAAUCCCAAUAUACGGGGUCGGACUCCAACAUACAAAAACAGAUAUUCGCUGCCUUGAAACGUGGCUUGGAUUACGGUAUCCUGAAGAGGGACCGUGGUUAUUACAGCCUGAAUACGGAUCCUGAGAUGAUGUACAAAGCACAUACCGUGACGCCCUUGGAGCAAGGCAGGAGACGAAGGCGAAGGAGGCGACGUGGUCGAGUGCGAGGGCGAAAACCAAGUCGCCGACGAGGUCGCAGGAGGAGGAGGAGGGGCGUAGGCAGAGCACGGGGCAGGGGCAGGGGCAGGGGCAGAGGCAGGGGCAGGGGCAGGAGGAGGAGGAGGGGAAGGAGAAGAAGCAGAAGCUCAAGGAGCAGAGGGGGAAGCCCGAUUCGGACGAGGUCCCUCGCAGCAACCAGAUGUGCCAAGUGCGCCACGUCCAGGAAGCGCACGGAAAACAACACCUUGAGAAAUUCUCCGAUGGAGAAUCUCCGAAAGGACAUGACUUAUUUGUAUAAGAAGGGUGUCCACAACCAGACGCCGUCCAGACAUCAGAGUCGUAGUCAGGAUCGAAGUCAGACGCGCAGCCGAUCGAGUAGCAGCGACAAGGAGAUGAUUGACGACCAAAAUCGCGAUCAAUCAUGAACAUCUACACACGAAAAGUACUGCGGAUCUUACUUACUAAUCCUUCGCAGUAUAUCGUCCAUGUAAAAUUGACAAUUGAAGUUUUAUACAAAAUUAAAAUUUUUUUUAUUAGAUACAUGACAAAAUACUAUUAUUAUAUUCUAUAUAUUGUAUAUUAUUUCGUACAAUUCAAUUUGGAAUAGGAAGCAAAUUUUAUAAUCUUUUAAUCUUUUAAAAGGACUGCAAAGGAUUAAUUGUUCGACGCGGUGGUUGUCAAUCAAUGACGCGGAGAUA